CCCUCCUUCUCCACUCGACCUCUAGGCGACUACUGACUGCUUCAUUGCAGCUCAUGGUUCAGUCAUUGAAGCUUGCGCUGGAGCCUCCUUCCUCAAAUCCGUCCACAAAGGAUGUCGCAGCCCUUCAGCCGCUGUCGCAGCGGUUACACAGACUGUGGACCGAGAGGGGCGACUUUUCCAAGUUCUCACUAAAGGACCUGCGGGAUGAGGAGGAUGAUGAUCAGGCAGAGGCGACCGGAGAACAGGAUGCUACCAAUGGUGUCGGAGGCGCAAUCAAGAUCGGUUGGGCUCAUGGGGAAGAGGACCGCGACAAGGGUGCCGCGAGCAAGGUUGACGACGAGCACGACGCACAGGCGGCAGACAAGGACGCUGGCUCCCUGCUAGACACCAGACCGAUGAGCAUGGAGGAUUUUGUUCAGCUCAAAGAGGAAAUGAUGGGUCGGCUUCAGAUCGCCCAACAAUCUCUGUACUCCUCGCAGGCACUCGUCAGCCUCCUCGUCGCAGGGCAUCGAUCACGCGCUUCGCUCCUUCAGCAAGGACACCUCGACCCAGCAAAGGCUGCCACAUCGUCCAAUGCAGCUUCAAGGGCCCCAUCACCUGGCGCAGUCUCUUCAACGGCGAGUGAGAGCGGCAAAGCCACGCCCGCUAAGGGACAGCCUGGUCAGGCUUCUCAACAGCCACAAGGGCCUCCACCAGGGAGCGCGGCAGCUGUAGAAGCCGAAUUCGGCCUCGAGCCAGCGAGUGUGGCCCUCACGGCCAUUGAGCGUAUCGAAGUCAAGGAAAAGCAAAGAUCACAAGCAGCACCCGGAGAUGAGGAUGACGAGGAUUUUGCAGAGCGAGAGCGACAAGAUCCUGCAGGCAAUCUCGAGUUCUCCAACGAGGCAGAGCGGGACGAAUAUGCAAGGAAGACGCAGCUUGUUCUUGCACAAAAGAGACAGACGAUGCGGAGCGUGGUGAACAUCUUGCGAACAGGAGCAAGGCUUCUGGAUGAUGACGAUGGGCGAGGCGAUGCAGGGGAAGCCUCGACCUCGACCUCGGCGACCUCUGCGACCCGCCAUCACUGGUCCACCCUCCGGGAAGCGCAAGCCCGCGGCUGGGGCAUCACGCCAGGUCGACCCGGUCGAUCGCAAUAUCAAGCGCAGGUGCAACGGGCGGAUGAGGGAGAGCAGGACGCUUGGAUCGGCUUUGCCGUGCCUGAGGCGCGGACGGCAUAUGCGAGGAGGGGGCUGGCUUAUGUUGCCAGAGAUGCUGGAGAGAAGGAAGAUAAGGAUAGCGAGACCGAGGAGAAAGAUGUCAAGAAGCCAGAGGACUCAAAGCCGUCCGCUUCGGCGCCAACGUCAUCGGCCGUCAAGCUCACUUUCUCUUCGCGGGUCGCGAAGCGCUUCAAAGUCUCGCUGGUCACGCUUGACACUGAGGGAAAGGUGCUCAGUCGCUCCGCCUCCACGCUCCCAGAAGACGAUGCUGAGGACAACGAAGUGCAAGGUAGCAUCGACGCUCAAUUGCGACAAGCACAGCGCGAGCUCGUCGACCGGGAGCUCUUCGAGGACGUAGCCGCCGAAGCGCGCUUGCUGGCAUCGCAAGGGGUGGUGAGCUGCGAGAGCUCGGACGACUCGGUGCUUGUGAGGCUGGCGGGGAAUGCUGCUGCUUCGACGUCUAGAUUGGAGACUGGACUCAAACGGCACGGUACGCUUGCUAUGCGCCUUGAGAUGGUCGAUUUUGAUGCCUCGAAAGAGGAAGGCAGCGAGGAAGGCGAAAGUGCGCGAGAGCCCGAGCCCGCCCGCUCGGCGUACGUCUCUCUCAUGUCCACCCUCAUGCGUCUGGGUCUUGUUCGCCGCUACCAAGAACGAGCAACAGCAGCAGCCUCCGCCGCCCGAGCAGAAGCUGAGAAGGAGAGGGAGAAGGACAAACCUCGCAAGCCCCCCGGAGACGCAGCAUCUUCAGCUUCGAAUGCAGGUAGCAAGAAAGCUGGCGCUGCCUCAAGCCAGCCCGAAUCGUCAAGUACGCAAAAGCGCGCCCGUCUCGACCCCUGGAUCCAUGCGCCUACCCUCAUGCCGCUCGUGGCGCUGUUGCACUACAGCUCCUUCCUCUUCCACGUCCGAAGCGUUGUUCAGCAGGCACUGCACAGCGCUUCCUCCCCCGCGGCAGGAAGCAAAAAUGAGCAGGACUUGAAAGGAGAGCUCGAAAUGCACCCCGCCCAGAGUAUCGCCAAUGCGGCUGUUUGGAUGAAGGAUCUACUCUAUGCCCCAACAGCUGCGGGCCAGGCCGGCCAGGCGGUCAGCGGUGAGGGGCCAGGUGAGCCCGCGGCCGCACGAGCUAUCCGCUCGUUGAGGGGAAGUGCGACGGUAACAGUCGAGGUACCUGCUGAGCCUCAGCUUGGCGACGGCGAGGGAGCCUCCGCUUCAGCCACGCGGAAGAUUGUCCUUGCGCACCUGACCCUCUCGUACCCGUCACAUCUAUCCGUUCAGCUGCCCUGGCGAUCCACCCUCAGCGGGUCGCUCGGCGUCACGAUGCAUGGCGUCGAGGUGCAUGGGAAGGGGGAAAGAGCACUGCAUGGUCUGUUGGUGGAGGAGCUGCGUGGUGUGCGACGACGUAGCGUGACAGGUGGAUGACGACGUGAGGAAUACCAUUUGCAUCAACCUGGCGCGUUACUCUGAUCCGGCACCUCCUUGCGCACCCUCUGCUCCCUCUCUCUCCGCGCGUUUCUUUUCCCUCUUCUUAUUCACCCUCUCUCGUCUCGCUUCCUCCUUCUUCCUUUCAGCACGAGCCUCACGUUCUCGCUCUUGUUCGAGGAGGUGCCGCGACCAGGACGAAGGGAGGGCAGAAUCGCUUAGACCUUGGAGGCGACCUGUCGACGCCUCGGGCGCAUUCGGCUGUUCUGCGUCGGUUUGCGUCUGCUGGCGUGAAGGAGAUACGUGAACCGGAGGUUGGAGCGAGGCUGCUGGCUCCUCCUUCCUGUCUUCUUCCUCCUCGCCGUCACCGAACCAGUCGCGCUUGCCUGAAGCGCUGAGAGCAGGCAGAAG